AUGCCCAAGUCUCGCAGAAACAAGAUGGUCGCCCUGACCAAGACCGAAAAGAAGGUGGGCCGACGGAAGGAGGAACUGGUGGACAACCUGCGGAAGGGUCUCGAGGAGUAUGCGUCGGUGUACGUGUUCACGUUCGAGAACAUGCGCAGCACCCAGUUCAAGAGCGUGCGUGCUCGGUGGAGCGGCUCGCGCUUCUACCUGGGCAAGAACAAGGUCAUGCAAAUCGCCCUCGGCCGCUCCGGCCAGGACGAGGCCGCGCACGACCUGCACAAGCUCAGCCGCCAACUGGUGGGCAACUCGGGUCUGUUCUUGACCAACAGCCCCGCGGACGAGGUCGCCACGUUCUUCAAGGACUACGCGGAGAGCGACUACGCGCGAGCAGGCUUCGUGUCGACGCAGACGGUGGAGCUGCCGGCCGGACCGCUCCCCAACUUUGCGCACUCGAUGGAGCCCCACCUGCGCAAGCUGGGCAUGCCCACCCGCCUCAACAAGGGCGUGAUCGAGCUCGACCGCCACUUCACCGUCUGCAAGGAGGGCGCCACCCUCACCCCCGAGCAGGCCAAGAUCCUCAAACUGCUGGAGAUCAAGAUGUCCCAGUUCAGCAUGGCGCUCAAGUGCGUGUGGAAGAGGACGAGCGACUUCGCCACAGGAGAGGGGGCCUUCGAGAUGCUUGCCGCCGAGGGCUCCUCGUCCACCGGCCAGGUGGAUGGCCCCGACGACGACGACGACGAAGAUGACGACGACUUGUCCGAGUAG